GCAGCUGGCUGCACGAGCUCUUAGCUGGUCGCGUGGAGUUGAAACCAGAGACAGACAGCGAGGAGGUCGCUGUACUAGUUUGUUUUUUAAAAAAGUUACAGAAAACUCGCAGACGAACCAAAUCAGCGUGUGUCGUGUACAUGGUGACUGACUACAGACUCUGAGGUAACUACUUGUUGAUAUGUAACGGUCGAUUUAAGCGGAAAAAAACAACAUUUAGCUCGCGGACUUUUGCAUGGUCGCUAGCUAGCUAACAGUUAGCUUCAGGAGCUACUUUGGCUAGCUGGCUAGCGAGGUCCAGCCCAAAAGUUGUUUACCCCAAGUUGUGGAUGUGGUCUCCCCCUGAGAUUUUCACGACUUUUCUCUGGGAUAAUAGCGCAAGGACCAAAUAUUCACACUGGAUUUAACACUGUGCGCUGUUAGGAAACUAGCAGGAUGUCCACAGAGGUUGAGUGCAGUCAGGUUGGCUCGGGUUUGACAGCAGCCAGCUCCGAGGAGAAGAACCAAAACAAGUCCGAGACAGAGGCUCAAGAGCAGGAAGAAAAGCCACAGAAGGGCUCGGAGAAGCAGCUAGCGGACUGCCACAGCGACGAGGCGGACACGCACAAGAAAUGCAACGAAAACGAUAAAGAAAAUGACCAAAGCAGCAACGCUGACUCGGCUGUCGAGGCGGUGAAGAGGAAAGUUGUGGAAGCUCCUCCGCCUAAAGUCAACCCGUGGACGAAGAGGACGACGGGCAGGGUGCCGAUCAACAAUAUCAACAACUCGAGCUCGCAAGAGAAAGAUCAACAAAACACUCUGAAAGUCGUCCGUCCCAGCAAGCCCAGAACAAGGAAAUCCAGCAAGUCCAGUGACUUCAGUGAUAUCACAAACUGGCCCACACCUGGUGAACUGGCCAAGGAGCAACAACAAAAUGUCCUCAACAACGGGAAGAAGCCUCCCUCCUCGCGCAGAGAGGAGAAGAAGAGCAGCGAUCGAACUGAGGGAAAGUCAGAGAGCAGCCAUGACGGCGGUGAGAGCAAAGAGAACCAGGAAGCUCAGCCCGACCCGCUCGGGGAGCUGCCUCAAGACGGAGAGUCCAAGGCGGUACAGGAUGCCAAGAGUGCCGGCCUGAAGAAGAGGGGAAGUGAAGGUAACAAACGUAAGUGGGUUUCUCUGCCGCUGGAGGAAGCAUCCCGACAAGACGCCGACAAGACGCCCGGCGGGGGUCCGGCACGCUCGGACGCAGAGCCCACCGGCGACUCUCCCGACCCCACCUCGCCCAAUCACACACUCCAUAAUAACAGGGCGCAUGAUAGCAGCAGGAGUUGGAGAAGAGAGCCGCGCGACUUUGGGGACGAUACUGCCAGCGUCCGAAGUGACAGCGGGAGCGUUCGUGGAGGAAUACGAGGCCGAGGGAAAGGUCGUGGGCGCGGGAGAGGACGUGGACGGGGACGCUACGAAUACUCUCAGAGUUUCCGGGACUCUCAGUCGUCUGACGGCUCCGCUCAGGCCGCCUCAGAGUUCGGCUCCAACAUGGUUUACUACUACGAUGACGGCGGCAACAAGGGGCAGAUGUACCCGGUGGAUGAAAAGCUUCUUAAAGAAUACAUCAAACGCCAAAUUGAAUACUACUUCAGCCUCCACAACCUGGAGCGAGACUUCUUCCUGAGGAGAAAGAUGGACGUGCAGGGCUUCCUCCCCAUCUCCCUCAUCGCCAGCUUCCACAGAGUGCAGGCCCUCACCAUGGACAUCAGCCUCAUCCUGGAGGCCCUGAAGAGCAGCAAAGAGGUGGAGCUGGUGGACAACAAGAUUCGCUGUAAAAUCGACCCGGAGCACUGGCCCAUCCCGGCCCCGAGCGCCGUGGGUUCCCCCCGGACCGACUUCUCCCAGCUCAUCAACUGUCCCGAGUUCGUUCCUCGACAGACCCUCAACUCCACUAACUCCGCCUCACCGCCUGUGAAGAAGACUCCUCCUGAGUCUGCGGAGCCUCAGGACUCUGCUGAAGCCAGCUCCUCCAGCCAGGAGUCCCCUCCACACAAAGACGCCCCCCAGCCCGACCCGGACGCCUGGAUCCAGGUGGAGAAACGCCACCGACAGCCGUCUGGAAAGCAGCGCAGCGAGGCUCCUCCAUGCAGCAAUCGGGCUCCUCCGCAGGCCGUGCCCGACCAGGAGGUGCUGGACUUCCUGUUCGACGAAGAGAUGGAGCAGAUGGCGCCCAGGAAGAACAAGUUCACCGACUGGUCGGACGAGGACGACUCAGACUACGAGAUGGACGACCAGGACGUCAACAAGAUCCUCAUCGUCACCCAGACGCCUCCUUCUACCCGUAAGCACCCCAGUGGGGACCGGACGGGCAACUACGAGUCCAGAGCCAAGUUCACCACCGACUUCGCCAAAGCCAUCAACGACGGGCUCUUCUACUACGAGCAGGACCUGUGGAAGGAAGAGGAGCAGGUCGAGUGCAGCAAGCAGGAAGCGGAGAACUUCAAGAAGCUGAACGUCAUCAGUAAAGACGAGUUCGACACUCUCACCCCCAAAGUGCCCGUCGACCCCAUGCAGGAAGUCCCACGUCUUCUCGUGCCCGUGGACAGAGGAGCAGAGCUGGCCCGCUCUCUGCCUUCAACGGUCCCAGAGUCUCCCGUCGCUCACCAACCCCGAACCCCCAGAACGCCUCGCACCCCCGGACGCCAGGACCCCAACAAGACGCCGCGCUUCUACCCCGUCAUGAAGGAGAGCGGCACCAUCGAUGGACAGACGCCGAGGAAGAAGAAGACCCGCCACAGUUCAAACCCUCCUCAGGAAGCCCACAUCGGCUGGGUGAUGGACUCCCGUGAGCACCGGCCGCGCUCUUCGUCCAUCAGCAGCUCCAACGCCUCUACGUCAGAAGGAGCUCCGCUGUCAGGAAGUUACGGCUGCACCCCCCAGUCUCUGCCCAAAUUCUGGCAUCCCUCCCACGAGCUGCUUAAGGACAACGGCUUCACUCAGCACGGAUACCACAAAUACCUCCGGCGGUCCAUAAUCGAGAGGAAACGGUUGGGAGUCGGCCAGUCUCAGGAGAUGAACACUCUGUUCAGGUUCUGGUCCUUCUUCCUGCGGGACAACUUCAACAAAAAGAUGUAUGAGGAGUUCAAACUGCGUGCGCUGGAAGAUGCCAAAGAAAACUACAGGUACGGGCUGGAGUGUCUCUUCAGAUACUACAGUUACGGUUUGGAGAAGAGAUUCAGGUUAGAGCUGUUCAAGGACUUCCAAGAAGAGACCCUGAAGGACUUUGAGCGAGGUCAGCUGUAUGGACUGGAGAAGUUCUGGGCCUUCUUGAAAUACUCUAAGAUGAAGAACCAGCCCAUCGACCCGAAGCUGCAGGAACACCUCUCCCAGUUCAAGAACCUGGAGGACUUCAGGGUGGUGCCUCCGAUGGGAGAGGAGGGAGGCAGGAGGAGGCGUCACUCAUCCUCGGCCGGGGAUGAAGCGAGGCGUCGGCGACAUCCUUCCAACACUACCUCAAAGCCCACGCAGGCCUCCAAAUCCUCCACCUCCACCGCCACCUCCACCGCCGCAGCACAGAACACACCCAAAGACAACGCCCAGAAAACAGCAGCCGUCGCCCAGGGCAAGAAGGCCGAGCCCAGGAAGAAGGAAAGUGUUGCACCAAAUAAAUGAAGCUCCUUCCUGUAGGUGUGGGUUUGGAUAGAAGCGAUGUAGAGCGAGGCGGCGGCAGCGGCGGCGGUAGCAGCUCAGCGUUCGCUCUUUUCAGCAGCAAACCGUUUGGGUAUGAAGAGAGACUGAGCGUGGUUGACUUAAUUUGAUUGUUUUUAUCUGUGCAUUUCAUUUUAAAGCAAAGCAAAGCAAAGCAAAGCAAAGCAAAGCAUAGGCAGUGAGCUUGAAUCUGUGCGCGUGGCCGCUCGUAACGUUUACAAAACAAAAACACAAAUAAAAUGCAUUCCCUGCAUUUUGCCUUUUUAUCCUCUCAGAUGCCAAAACUCUUUGUGUGGAUCAUUAUCUGUAAAGCGCUCUCGACUGUACGGAGCUCUCAGCCUGUUGAACUGAUCGUCUUGUGUGCCUUAAUUCUGAUUCACCAGGAAGACAGGAGACAAAAAUAGUCCAGUUUUUACUUUUUAAAGUCUUCCCAAUCGAUUAUUUGGGGUUUGAACGUGUUUAAAACUGACACUUGCAGUUAUUCUUUUCUUUUCUUGACAUAAAUAUAAUUUAUAUCAUGACAAUCACAGCUGCAGUCAUAAAUUUGUGAAGGACCCCCCCGAGGCUGCUGCUCAUUACCAGAUGUGCCCUGAUGUUGUGACUGACGGGCAGCAUCACAGCUAAACGUUGGUUUCUAAUUCAAACAUGCAGGAAUAAUAACAAAUUUAUGUGGGAAGCUUUAAGUCCCGUUUUACAACCAGAGGUAGUAUAAUUUAUUGUUUUAUUCUUGUUUUUAUUUUUACUUGAUUUGAUGGAAUAGUCUUAGGUAAUCAUUGCAGUUUUUAAUGGCUUCUGCUGUUGAAUAUUAUAAAAAAGGAAAUGUUUCUGCUGGAAUUAUGGGUGUGAAGCUAGCAUCAUAAAACUACAGUAUAUUUUAGCUUGCAGUUUACUUCAUAUUAUGUUUGUGGCUUUGUGCUCUAGAGCACUUAAAUCAUUACCUUUCUUUUACUUCAUCAAAGGACUUAACAGAGGUUUUAGAGUUGAAUUUUAAGAAGAAAAAAAAUGUAAAUACUAUAAAAAAUCAUUUGCUAUUCAAUUAUUCUUUUUGAUUUUAAGAAGUGAUUUUGUUUUAUCGGUAGUGUGGUUUUGAGUGUGUUUUAGGAUAAAGCAAUGCAUGUUAAUGCCACAGUCUUGAAUUGUAAAAUGCAAAAAAAUAUAAAAUAACAGUUGAUUGUAUGAA